AUGGCGCAUAACCAUAGUAUACGUAACCGUAAUUCAGGUGGUGUUCGGUCGCACCUUCUCCGUCCACCUGUUAUGACACACGGCGGCGGCGGCAUGAGCAAAUAUCGUAUCCGUCGUGAUGGUGCGGUGCCGCUUGUUAUUUGUAUGUCCGGUAUGCAGAGCAACACCAAAAAUGCGGGACCGGACAAGCAAAAUGCAAGGUUACCGUGCUUAAGGUUAACUAAUAACACGCUACGACCGCGGUGUAAGCGGCAAAACUGA